CUCUCUCUCUAUCCCUCUCACAUUCUGAAAUAGCGUUGUCACACCACACCAGACCUGAGACGGCCCACUGCGAAAAAACAUUAUCCUCUAAAACUCAAUUACACCACACCAAAAGCCACACCAUCCAUUUCCAAUCUCUCACCUAGGGUUUCGUUUUCUUCAAACGAUGCAUCAAACCUAAUCAAUCUCCACUCUCUCUCUCUCUCGAUCUCGAUCUCUCACACAUCCGUAGUGGCUCCAACGAUGUCGACGGCGAGACCAUCUCGUUCUCCGACCGACGACAACAACAACAACCGCGUCGAUGCGACGCCGUUUCUCGCGGACCAGAUCUUCCGGAGCCGGCGCUUCGUCCGGCGCGCGCCGAGCCUCCGCGGCGCGGCUCGGUUCCUCCGCCGCGCCAGCAGCCGGAGAAUGAUGCGCGAGCCGUCGAUGCGAGUGCGCGAGUCGGCGGCGGAGCAGAUCGAGGAGAGGCAGAGCGAUUGGGCGUAUUCGCGGCCGAUCGUGAUUUUCGAUCUCGUAUGGAACCUGGCGUUUGUGGCGGUGGCGGCUGUGGUGGUGGUGGUGAUGAGCCGGAAGGAGUCGCCGGAGGUGCCGUUGAGGGUUUGGAUUGUAGGUUAUGCUUUGCAGUGUGUGAUUCAUAUGGUGUGCGUGUCGGUUGAGUAUAAUUGGAGGCGGCAGCAGCAGCAGCGUAAUUCGACUGAUAGUUUGCGGUCGCCGCGGAAUAAUGGUUGGUGGAGCAGAAUGAAUUCGAAUUCGAGCUCGGAGAGUGAUGGAGGAGGGGACUCUAUGGGUUAUCUCCUGGAGCGGCCUCAGAGUGAAGAUGAAACCAGUGUUGCUAAGCAGCUGGAAUCUGCAAAUACCAUGUUUUCAUUUAUUUGGUGGAUCAUUGGAUUCUAUUGGGUAUCUGCUGGUGGCGAAGGUUUGAUACAUGAUUCACCCCAACUUUACUGGCUUUGCAUAACAUUUUUGGCAUUUGAUGUGUUCUUUGUUGUAAUCUGUGUUGCUGUGGCAUG